AUGAAUGGGUCCGAGUUUCCCGAUUCCGAGGUCAUGUCCUCAGAGGUGAUGUGGUCUACACCCACCACCCAGACCCGCCCUCGACCUGCCACUAUCCACGCCGGGUUCACCUUCAUUACUCCCGAAGACUACUCGAUGCCUUCCUGGGAUAGCUUCCAGCAGACGCCCAGUGACACCAUGUCGCGCCCCAUCUCGAUGCACCAGGAUUUCUGUCCUCCUACGUCGAUCGAAAACACCUCGUGGAUGGAUAAGCCGUGCGAGGACCACUUCGAUCUCCAUGGUCUUGACCAAGACAUGGGCAUGGGAAUCGGCCAGGCCUUCACUACCGACGAGGCCAUUCCCGUCCUCGACCUGAGAUACCAGGAUCAAGUCGCUGACGAGGAGUUGAUGGCUCUCGACGGCAACGUGAAGCCCCGCCGAAUGUCCGGCUCUUCCUUUUCUAUGUCCACCUCGGGUGCUCUGUCGGAUAUGCCAUCCUACGAGGACUUCUCAACUGCUCUCUCCGAGGCUCAGUCCUUCAGCUCUGACUACCCCCCGCCUUCUAACCGCAACUCUUUGAUGUCGUCCACCCAGCUCUCCCCUGUCGCCUCCCCACGCAUGGCCAGCCAACAGACACGAACCGAUCUGGUCCGGACUCAAAGCCGCGGCCGCGGAGCGUCGCCAUCUCCUCGCCCUGGACGAGCUGCCCCCUACAGCGUCGAUGGCCCAAGAAUCAAGCGAUGGUCCACCGGAACCUACGGCACAAUGAGCCGAAAGCCUUUGCCAUUUGUCUACCAUCCGAACCCCGAAAUCUUCAACGCUCAUCAACAACUGUGCUCUGGACACUCCUCGCCCACUCCUGGUGCUAACCCUCUGCCUCUGAACUAUGGCAACCUCCAAGCAGUCCAGCAGGCUCCCUUCAUGGUUACUAGUACACCCGUCUUCCAGAGAAGCAGUAUGCUACUACCUUCGCAACUUCCUCCUCAGGUUCCCUCCCAGGCUUGGCACCCGGACACAACUCACUUUGAAGCACCGCCACCGCUCCUCUCCCAUGGUCUUUUCAGAAUGCUUCAGAGCAACGGUGAUCCCCAUUCACUCCAUGGUCACUACACCGACUUGUCCGACCCACCAGACCUGUACGCCGCUCUUCAGGAGGAGCAAAUCCCGCCUCCUCCCGAGGACAUGAACCCUUCCGACCCUGACCUGAUUCCUCGCGAGCAAGAGUUGCGAUUUGAGGGAGACUUGUACACUCCUAGAUGGGUUCGAGGACACGGCAACAAGCGCGAAGGCUGGUGUGGAAUUUGCAAGCCCGGAAGAUGGCUCGUCCUGAAGAACUCCGCCUUCUGGUACGACAAGUCAUUCACCCAUGGAAUCAGCGCUGCCACUGGAAGCUCUUUCCAAGAGCCCCAGCAGAAGCGGCGCAUGGAUGGCAACCCUGACGUGUGGGAGGGACUGUGCGGCAGCUGCAACGAAUGGAUUGCACUGGUGAGCAGCAAGAAGAAGGGGACAACUUGGUUCAGACACGCUUACAAGUGUCACACCCACCUCAAGAUCAAAGACACGCCUAAGCGUCGCCGCGAGAGCAGUAACGCUAGGGCAAUGACGGCAGCAGCAAACAUGGUCAAGCCGAAGAACGAACCACCCAUUACUCCGCAAAUGACCGCUUCGUCCCUGGUUGAAGCUGCUACGCCUACGCCUGUAUCGAUGUCGCAGGUUACCUCGCACCCGCACCCGCAUCAGAUGAUGGCGGCAGUGCCGCCUCCUCAGAUGAGCAUGCUCGGCUCGUCACCUGUGACCCUCAUGACCGCUACGGAACCAUUCCCGAACAUGAUUUAA